GAACAGAUGUCAUCCAAAGGUUAUCGGCCCAAAAAAUGUGAGUCAUUUCUUAUCAACAUAACAAUCCUUGAAGGCAGGCAUUAUGCCUGGCCAAACAUGAACUCUUUUGUGCAUAUAAAGAUUGAAAAACAAAAGGCUGUUACCAAGAUUCGCUAUGGAACAGAUGCACCGUACUACAAUGAAUAUUUUGUGUUUGAGUUUAAGAAGAUGGAACUUAGCAAAUUGCUGGAUAAUCAUUUAACCCUGACAGUGUACCGACCAAGAGCUUGCUGCAAACUUCGUAAAAUACUUGGCUAUGUUACUUUAGACUUCGCAACUAUAUGGGAAGAAAAAGAUCACCAAUUUUAUAGAAAAUGGGCAAUUUUAAGUAGUCCGAAAUCUAACUUUUCCGGUCCAAUGGGAUUCCUAAAAGUCACAAUUAGCAUUUUAACCGAAGGUCAGAUACCAAGCAUCCCAAUUGUAAACCCUUUAAGUGAUAAUGAAAUCGAAGGAAAUAUACUGCUACCUGAAGGCGUGACUGAAAGAAAAAAGGCUCUUUUUAUUUUUAAGUUAUACAGAGGUUUUGAUAUCAUAAAGAUGAGACGUGGGACUUCGGUGAUAGAGGAUAAUAUACCAGAAAAUGAAAUGACAGAUUCAGAAAAAAAUAAUUUGCCAGAUGUUGGAAUAAAAAUAUCAUUUGCAGGAUUAUCUGGCCAAUCUUCUGUUAAAAAACGAACGUCAUAUCCAGUCUGGAACGAAAGUAUUACAAUAUCGGAAUUGUAUCCUCCACUUAGUCAACGUAUUAAAUUUGAACUUUUCUACAAGCAUAAACGGUCGAAUGCUGUCCAUGUAACCAGAUAUAUUAAUUUGCAUUCGUUAUGCAGCUACAAACCUAAUGGUUUUUUACCAACAUUUGGCCCAUGUUAUCUGCAUUUUUAUAAAACUUGUGCAAUGGGCGAAGAGUAUGUUGGAAAGGUUUUGAUUGCGAUGGAAACUUUGGUAUUUUCAGACGCACCAACUAAAACUAGAUGCACUUUUAAUGAUGAAAUUCCUCCAGUUUUUGACCCCAACUUAUGGGAAAUUGAAAAUGUAUUUCUGUUCGCAACAAUUGCAAAUGUAUCAGUUGUUGAUAAACGAUAUACAAAACAACUAAUCUCGUUUGAGUUGAAUUGGGGUAGAAUGCAAAUCCUUAAAGAUACAGAAAAUAAUAUAGAUAUUACACCACACGUUGUAACACCAAAAUACAAACCAUUUACAACAAAUGAAGAGUUUUGGUGUAUAAACUUUGACGGUACCAUUCCAUGCAUGCACAUUAUUAAUUAUUAUCCUAGUUUACGUAGGAGAAUGUAUAAAACCAAUCAAAUUGAUAAACUGAUCACAACCAUGGCAGAAAAAUUGCAGGAAAUUAAACACUUAUUUAAAUCGGAUAUUUUUGUAAGUAAUAGUGAUAUAAUUGGAGAAAAAUUGCAGGAAUAUUUUGAUUAUGUGUCCAGUUCUUGCCAAAGAUUUAUUGAAUUAUCUAAAACAUCCCAACAAUUGUAUGAGACCAAACAAGACAUUAAUAAAAACCGGCUCAUCACAGAUGAAUUCACAGAAUUAGUAACAGCAUGCAAAAGUGCAUAUAUUUCACGAAUGAAAAAGAAGUCUUACCAAACGGCAGAAAAAUUUUAUAUGCAAUUGCUGAAAUUACUGGAUUAUCCACAAGAAUGUUGGCCUAAUGUAUAUCUCUGGAUGAAAAAUGGUAACCGAAAAACUGAAUGCCUACGUUUCGCACCUCGCGAACUCAUAUAUUCAGAUAUUCCCGAAGAAAAAGGCAAGUACUGUGGCCAAUUAAAUAAUUUUUAUUUUAUGACCAACAAAUAUUCUAAGUCAUUAUCACCGGUCGUAUGCAAAGUGGAACUUUUCCUUUGGCUGGGUCUAGAACAUCAGAUGCAGUACUGUUUUGAGGCGAUUCCUGAUGGCUUCAAAAUGCCAGAAAUUAUUACGCAAGGCGAGAAACACAGCGAUGCAGUAAACAAGUACUCAAGAAUACCAAAAUAUCUCAUUUUAGAGGAUUAUGUGGUUUUCAAUGGACGUGUUCAUAUCUAUCAAGGUCGAUUCGUACUUGCGUUUGAUUAUACUGGUUUAUCGGACUUUAUGGCACGCGUUAUCAUCCAUGAUCAAUCAAAGCAUACACGGCCACUUAAAAAGACACUUAAUCCAAUUUGGGAUGAGACACUGAUAUUCAAAAACUUGGUAUGUUAUGGCACACGCCAAGAAAUUACAAACAAGCCUCCACCUAUUGUUCUAGAAGUCAACGAUCAAGAUAAAUGGUCAUUGGAAUAUGUUGGAUUUUGUUUGAUUCAGCCAACAAUUAAAUUUAAAGAUGAAACUUAUUCUCCUCCAAAAUUUCCUCCAAAACUUGAAUGGCAUACAAUCAAAAUAGACGAGGUGGAAGUUGGACAAGUAUUGGCAUGUGUUGAAUUUUUCGAAAUUUCGGAAACCGAUGAGGAUAAUCUUAUGGUUCCCGAAAAUGGGCUCACUAUGUCAAUUCCAGAAGAUAUUCGCCCAAUUUUGGUCAACUAUCGUUUUGAAUUGUUUAUCUGGGGUGUCCGCCAUUUAAAAAAACUGAGGCACGUGCCAAUCAAAGCACCCAAAAUUGUUAUUGAAUGUAAUGAGUAUAAAAUAGAAACGGAAAUUGCCAAAAUUCAGAAUUUAAACUUUUCCAAGACCUUGUGGGUAGUCGAUAUGCAAUUGCCAAGUGUGCUAAGCUUCAUUCCUCCAAUUAUGAUAAAACUCUUUGAAUGCAAACAUUUUGGGCGAUGCCAUUACGCAGGCACGCAUUUGAGCUUUAUUCAAGAAUUUAUGUAUCAACCGAUUAGUUUAACAGAAUACAAAAGUAAAAUGAAAGAGGCAGUGCGCACUUCCUUGCAAAGCAUCGCCAGCAAAACUCAGUCCGAAUUGGAAGAACAAUUAGAAGACCUGCGCAAACAGAAAAGGCGUGAGGAACGAAAAAAAUACAUGAAAUGGCGGUUUCAAUUAAUUUGUAGCGCAAGUAAUUUUUGUGGACUUUGCAAGAUGUGCCGCAAAGCAGGUUGGAAGUGUUUUAAGAAAAGUUUGCGUUUCAUCUGUUGUUUUCUUCUGUGUUGCGGCUGCGGUCGCAUGUUCAAGAAAAAUAAAAAGAAGUUGCAAAAAGACGAUGAACCAUUGAAGUUUUUUCGCACCAAGGAGACCGUGAUUGAUGUGGCUGAUACAGAAGUCAAUGAUAUUAAAGAUUGGUGGAGUAAAUACUUCAAUUCGCUUGGAGAUCCAUACACUCAAGCCGAUAAUCUAUUUGAUGUUAAUUUUAAAGUUAAGAUUUUUAACAGCGAGCUAGAACAACACUUCAAUCAUUUUGAAGACGUGUUCGAUACUCAUCGCAUUUAUCGUGGUAAAACCAUUGGUGAUAAAUAUGAAGAUGAAAAAGCCCAAAUUGCCACCGUAAAGUGCAAGAUACGAGCAUACAAAUGGGAAGAUAAUGGCAAUUAUAACAAUUUCAUAACUCCACAAGGCAAAUUACUGAAAGAUGGAUUUUUCACUGAGUUACCUUCAAAUAUUGAAACGCCAUUCAUUCUGCGCAUUUACUGCGUGCGGGGGAUUAAAUUACGUCCCGCCGAUCAAUCAGGUUCUUGUGAUUCAUAUAUUGUAAUCCGUUUAAAUCAGCAAGUAAUCGAUGAUAAGAAAAAUUUUGUGCCGAAAAGUGCUGAUCCAUUUUACGGAAAAUGCUUUGAAAUGGAAGGAGUAUUCCCGAAAGACAAUACCGUGAAGGUUUCAAUAUAUGAUUGGGACAAGCAUACGCAUUCGGAUCUUAUUGGACAGACACAGAUCGAUAUCGAAAAUCGUUUCUAUAGUCGACAUCGUGCUUAUUGUGGCUUACCAUUUGAAUACACCUUAUUUGGAGAAACGCCAUGGCGAGAUAAGCAAGAACCAACAGAAAUAUUACAACGUUUAUGCGAAACUCAUAAUUUACCAAUGCCUCAAUACAAAGAUGAAAACAAACUUGUGAUUGGACAUCAAGUAUUCGUAAUGCCUCCUGAAAAAGCUAGAGAAGCCGAACCGGAGUUUGUAAAAAAGGAAAUGUUAGCGUUAUUCGUUUUGCACAAAUGGAAUGAAAUCCCAAUUCAUGGUUUCCAUCUUGUUCCCGAACACGUAGAAACCCGUUCAUUGUUUCAUCCCGACACUCCCGGAAUCGAACAGGGUAAACUGCAAAUGUGGAUCGACAUUUUUCCAAUUGGCGACACGCCAAUGCCACAUCAAGUAAACAUUAAAACUCGAGCGCCGGUUUCGUAUGAACUUCGUGUCAUCAUCUGGAAUACAGAUCAAGUUGUUCUUAACGAAGACGAUUUCUUUGGAGAUCGAAAGUCUGAUAUUUAUGUCAAAGGAUGGUUAACAGACCCUGGAAAUGCACAGGAAACUGAUGUUCAUUAUCGUUCCCUUACCGGCGAAGGAAAUUUUAAUUGGCGAUUUGUUUUCAUCUUCGACUAUCUCUCUGCCGAGAACAUGAUAAUCGAAAAGAAGAAGAACACGGCAUUUGAUGUGACGCAAACCAAACAAAAAUUACCCUGUCGCCUCACGUUGCAAGUUUGGGACAAUGACGUGUUCUCAAAGGACGACUUUUUGGGGUCAAUGACAUUCUACUUGAAUCGCAUGCCAAGAGGUGCAAAGCAUGCGCGUCAAUGUACCAUUCGUACAUUUGAGGAAGCGCCUCGUUUCAACCUGUUUAAAAUUAAGCGCACCAGAGGUUGGUGGCCGUUCCAAACAAAGCAAAAAAACAACCACAUGAAAUCGAUUGUUUCAGGAAAAUUGGAAGCUGAAUUUGAGUUGGUUACUAUGGAUCAAGCUAGUAUUGCGCCUGCAGGGUUAGGAAGGAAUCCACCGCAACCGUUGCCUCCACCAAAGCGUCCAUCAACAUCGUUUAAUUGGCUUUUCAAUCCCUGGAAAACCUGCAGAUUUAUAAUAUGGAAAGGUUUAAAGUGGAAACUAGUAAUCUGUCUGAUUAUUGUUCUGGGAGCACUUUUCUUCGGUCUCUUUGUGUAUAGUAUGCCCGGAUACAGCGUAAAGAAAUUAUUGGGAGCUUAGUCAUGGAAAGCCAAAUAAUUAUUUUGUUAUAAAAACUUAUGCGAUAACAAAAUAUUAUUGAUUUAUAUUCUUAAU